GUUUAUUCGCAACCUCUCAUGAUUCUGACAUGUGAAUGGCACAGCAUUGCAGAAGCUGAAUAUGGUCGAGAUGGAGCUGGAGCCGACAUCGACAACAUUGACGCACCGCGCCGUACGCGGCUGGUUGGAACCGCUACUUCAUCCUACAGAGCUUCGCGAGGGAUUCCAGGUGUCGGUGCACGCGUGUCCGCGGCUGCUGAUGCGUGAACUGAAGCACGUAUUCCCGACGCAGUUCCAGCGCAGCAAGAAUGACGCCGAUGUGUUGGCCGUACUGACGUGCCAGAAGUCGCUGAUGGACUUGAGCGAAUUCGGUGUCGACGCCGAUAAGGAGAAGGACCGAUUGCUCGAGACUUUCAUGGCCUUCGCGCAACAGGUGGCCAACGCACUCAUCGCCAAGAAGUACUGGGCGGAUUUCAUCGACCCGUGCUCCGGGCUGCCGAUGUUGACGCUGUCGAGCAACAAGGUGUACAGCGAGGUGGAUGGCGUGGAGCUACUGCUGCGAUACCGGUGUCUGAGCGCUGGAAUGUGCAAGAUUCUGGUACAUCCAGUUUGGGGCGCUGCCGUAUAUCCGGCCUCAUUAUUCACAACGGCACCCUACGAGGUGGUGAAGGAGGUGCUACAUUCACUCCCAGACGAUGCCUGGAUCGUCGGCACCUAGUGCUUCCUCCAAACAGCUAAGGUUAAACAGCCUCUCGCUUGUACUAAUACCUCCAAUAACCAAGCAUAUCCACACCCGUCCUUGUGAUGACAGCAGCUCUUAAGUUGUACUUGUAGCCGCCAUGCUCAAAAAGAAUGCUGAUGUCCAUUUUACAAUUAUUGAAAAUGUAAUUUGUUCAAUUGAUCUCUUCGACAAUAA